AUGGACACAAAAGCUAUUGUAGUGCCUGGAGAGGCUCCAGAAUCUGAUGAAGAAACUCAUGAAAUUCCGAUAGGUUUUACUUUUAAAUAUAUUAAAAAUACAUCGGGGAAAAUAAUUUCUGGAGAAGCUACUGAAUCAGAUGAUGAUGGAGCGAGUUGGAGUAGUGUAAGCGCUGCAAUUGAUGCAACAGCAUGUCCACCCUACAUGGAUAUUAAGCCAAGUACCAAGAAAAGUUCUAUCAAGUAUAACAGUUUAUUGCAUAAAAAAUUACACGAAUGUAAUGAAUCAUUGAGAACAGAUUUACUUAGUCUGACAGAAGGUACUAUUAAUGCUGGCAUCCAGGAGCUCAUGGGUAUAAACAAACAGCUAGUUAAGAGCGAACUGACUGUACAGGAGGCGGCUUGUCAGCUAAGAAAUGCGUCAGCACGGUGGAAUGAAGCAUCUAGUGCUCUGUUCCAAUUAAUAGACGCUAAUUUUUUAAAUACCAUCAAAAUAUAA